AUGCCUGACAUCAAAGGAAAAGUGGCCAUCAUAAUUGGUGCCUCGGCAGGCAUUGGCGAAAGCACGGCAAAGCAUUUUGCCUCCCUCGGCUGCUGGCUCACUCUGUUUGCACGGAACGCAGAUAAUCUAGAAAAGGCAGCAGAGGCUUGCUGCGCAUUGGGCCUUCCUCGAGACAAGGUGCUUGUUGUGCCCGGAGACAUCACGUUCUCAAAAGACUGCGAAAAUGUUGUGCAGAAGACAGUGAAUCACUUCGGCAAAAUCGAUAUUCUAGUGAACAAUGCUGGAAUUCUCGUUAGAGGAUCUCUUCAAAGCGCUUCACUGGAAGAUUUUGACAAAGCUUGGAAGACUAACUUUCGCGGUCCCCUCUGCCUGAUGAAAAACGCUAUACCCUACUUACGUCAAACCAAAGAGCCUUACAUCGCGUACAUCCAGGACGUGUUGGCUUUGUGCCGCAAGAUAGACAAGGACAUGCCUGAAGAGGACAAGAUACCGCUCCUGCCGGCCCACCUCGUCUACGAUCCCUCGAGUUCCUUCGACUUCCGCCGCAAGCCGCAGUUCAAGUCCAGCUCUCGCCAUUCCCACCAGUACCCGAUGGGCCUGGCGACAUAUUCAAACGAUAAACACGCCCUUGGACGAAUUGGCACACCGGAGGAAGUUGCCCGCUCCAUCGCCUUCCUGGCAUCUGACGACGCAGCGUUUGUCACGGGGAUCACGAUGCCCGUCGACGGCGGACUGCUCCUUCUAUCCAGCAUCUCGAAUGCCCCCAAAAUCCUGGAUGCUCAGAAGGCUGCUUGA